AACUUCUGUCAGAUCUGGAAGCUCUCUCUCUCUCUCUCUCUCUUUCCUCUUCUCCUUCCUCCUCUGUUUUUUCAAACGUCGUUUCUUUUGGUUUUCCCGUUACUGCUUCUUUGUUGUUGAUUCACAGACGCUUCUCUCUGCAUGAUUUUUCCUAGUGACUGUCUUUCAAGUUAGUUCAUCGCAGCUUAGGGUUUGUUGUUGGUAGGGACUGUUCAUAAAGAUGGAGGUGCAGAGUCUAAUAAGCUUUGAUUUGGACCCUGGUCCUGUUGAUCAGUCUGUAUUGGUGUGGCAACAUGAGCAUAGAUCAGCUGCUAUUUGGGAAGAUGAGGUUCCUCCUCGUGAACUGACAUGCCGGCACAAAUUACUGGGAAUGAGAGAUUGGCCCCUAGAGCCUCUCGUGUGUCGGAAGCUGAUCGAGUUUGGUCUUUACGGAGUGUACAAGGUUGCGUUUAUACAGCUUGAUUAUGCUCUGAUAACAGCUCUGGUAGAGAGAUGGAGACCUGAAACGCAUACUUUCCAUCUCCCCGCUGGAGAGAUCACUGUGACUUUACAAGACGUGAAUAUACUGUUGGGUCUCCGUGUGGAUGGACCUGCGGUUACUGGUAGUACGAAGAACAACUGGGCUGAUCUAUGUGAGGACCUGUUAGGCCUCAGACCAGGUCCUGGAGAUCUGCAUGGCUCUCAUGUGUCCUUAGCAUGGCUGCGUGAUAAUUUCCGGAAUCUACCUGCUGAUCCUGACGAAGAGACGUUGAAGUGUCACACUAGGGCUUUUAUAUUAGCUCUGAUGAGUGGGUUUCUUUACGGGGAUAAGUCUAAACAUGAUGUGGCUUUGACGUUUCUCCCUCUGCUAAGGGACUUUGAUGAAGUGGCUAAACUUAGCUGGGGUAGUGCUACUCUAGCACUUCUCUACAGAGAGUUGUGUCGGGCAAGUAAGAGGACUGUUUCCACCAUUUGUGGGCCUCUUGUUCUGCUUCAGUUAUGGGCAUGGGAACGAUUGCAUGUUGGCCGUCCAGGAAGACUUAAAGAUGUUGGUGCUUCUUAUAUGGAUGGCAUAGAUGGUGCUUUACCAGAUCCGUUAGGCUGUAGGUGGAGAGCUUCUCUGAGUCAUAAAGAGAAUCCUCGUGGAGGACUGGAUUUUUAUAGAGACCAAUUUGACCAGCAGAAAGAUGAGCAGGUUAUAUGGCAACCUUACACUCAAGAUCUUCUAGCAAAGCUUCCUCUUAUAUGUCUUAGUGGUCAGAACAUAUGGCGAACCGUCGCACCUUUAAUUUGUUUUGAUGUUGUUGAGUGGCAUCGUCCUGAUAGGGUACUUAGACAGUUUGGUCUUCACCAAACAGUUCCUGCACCUUGUGAUAAUGAGAAAGCUCUUCAUUCUAUUGACAAAAGAGGCAAAUCAGUAUAUGAUUGGUCAGCACGUCAUAGUCGACACAUUGGAUUGUGGGAGGCACGUGAGUCAUCUGUUGUUCUCGGUGAGCCAGAGUGUAGACCAAUGGACUAUAACGAUCCUUAUAUGGAAUGGUACCGCAAAAUUACUAGAAGGAUCAUUAGUCCUAUGAACGAGAGACGACCUGGGCAAUUUCUUCCCACUGGUUUUGCUUUCCAAGUGCUUGUUCAGAGAGUUGCAGCCAUUCAUGCUCGAUCUAAGUCUUCGCUUGAAGAGGAACUUACUGUUGACACUGCGAGGCAAACGUUACAAGAUAUCGUUGAUAUGUGUGCAGGCGCCCUUCAACUCAACGCGCCUUUAGGCUCAUUGUCUAAUGGCUCUGUUGCUCAAGCUCCAAGUUCAGGACCAUUUCUGAUGUUACCUCAACCUACACCUACAGUGAUGUCGCAGAAGCCAUCGUCUAGCGAUAUGGUUUGCUUGCCUUUGAAUGAAAUGGGAAUAGAUGAUGGUGUCUUAGCAGAACCUUCAGAAGGGAUGCCACCUGUUCAGGAUAUAGGGUGUGAGCAGUCUUUACCAUCAGUAUCCCAGAAGCCUCUUUUCUGGCCUACGGGAGGCAAGCUUACUUUCAGUUGGAUUUGUGAUGUAAUGUUGGGUUUUGAUUGGUCGUCGAGGAAUCUCCCAGCUUGUGAAUUUUCAAAUGUUCUGCCUUUUAACGUCUUGGAUGAGCUGAUUCUCUCUGCCUCCAAAAUCCUGAGAAAAGAGCCAAACUGCGUUAGGAUAGAUAGUGACAAAGCAAAGGUGGUUGUGGUGGGAGAUCUUCAUGGGCAGCUACAUGAUUUGCUGUUCCUUAUGCAGGAUGCAGGGUUCCCAAAUGGUGAUCAGUUCUACGUGUUCAAUGGGAACUAUGUGGACAAUGGAGCAUGGGGUUUGGAAAACUUCUUACUUCUUUUAUCAUGGAAGGUGUUUCUACCGGAUAGAGUGUUUCUUCUGCGUGGCAGUCACGAGAGCGAGAGUUGUACAUCACUCUAUGGAUUUAAAAAUGAAGUAUUAACCAAGUAUGGAGAUAAAGGAGCAGUUGUCUACAAAAAAUGCUUGGAAUGCUUCCAGUUACUCCCUUUGGCAUCUGUGAUUGGUGGGAAGGUAUUUACAGCACAUGGAGGUCUUUUCCGUGACGUACCAAGCUUUCUCUCUGACAAACAAGAACGAAGCAGAAAACGCAAGCGAGCUCAGAAAAAUCAAGCGGAUAACAGUGUUCUCGAGGCUGAAAGUAGACCUGAGUCCUUGCUUCUUGGCUCGUUGAAGGAUUUAUUUAAAGUGAAAAGGCGUGUCAUCAAUCCUCCUGCUGACGGUUCAAAUUUGAUUCCUGGUGACAUCCUUUGGUCAGAUCCAUCGACGGACAGUGGUCUCUUUCUUAACAAGGAGGCUGGCAUUGGUUUGUUGUGGGGUCCUGAUUGCACUGCAAAGUUCCUGCAAGAUAAUGAUUUAAAGUUGAUCAUCAGAGGGAAGGAAGCUCCUCAUCAAAGAGCACAACGAGAUGGUCUUCCACCAAUGAAUGAAGGAUUUUCAAAAGACCAUGAAGGGCUAAUAACUUUGUUCAGUGCUCCUGAUCAUCCUCAGUUUCAGGAUACAGAGGAGAGACACAACAAUAAAGGUGCCUACAUAAUCUUGCACAUUCCAGAUUGUGAGGAGCCUGAAAUUCAUGUGUUCGAAGCAGUUUCUCCGAGACCAAAGGCUGAGGCAUACUAUGACUAUAGAGGCCUGAUUCAUUCAACUGGAAAUUUAGUACACAACUAUACUAAUUCUGCAACUGUUGAUUCACCAUUCUCAGCGCCUGAUGAGAAAGAUAGUUUAAUAUCAUCUGAGAAUGUAGAAGAAAGAUCCAUGGAUCUCCCUGAAGCGAUGGAAGUUGAUGAAGUUGCAACUUUUGGAACUCUAGCAUCUAAUGAUAAAGAUACGGUUGAUUCUUCAGAGCAGACUAAAGAUUUUUCCAAAGAAGAUGACCGUUCCGAGACGGCAGAGGUUAGUAAAGAUUUAUCUGAUACAGUUGGAGAGCUGGAAUCUCGCAGCAGGGAACAAAGUAUGUUUGAAGCUACGGGCAGUGAUGAAAAACUGGAAUCUAGACCUCCUAACGUUAUUGAUAUGGAACCGCCACUAGCUUAUGAUCUUCAUGUGCUUGAUUCUGGAGAGUCCAUAGAAUCUAGGACUGAGAAAGCAGCAAACUGUGAACCAAUGGCAGUUGAUGAAAUUGCUGGCGAUUCUGGAUCCAGAAUUGGAGACCAAAAUGAUGUGGAAGCCUCCAACUCUACUAAGAUUUCCGAAGAGAAAGCAGAAAAAGAAGGAACCACUGGUGAAGAAGAGGCUACAAGAGUAGAUGACUGCAGCACCGCUGGUGAUGCAUCAGCGGAAUUAGGAAUCACAUAUGAUGAGAAACCAGAAAGUGCAGUAGCUGAAGUCACAGGGAACGAUACAACUGACAGGAACAGAGACACAGCCACCGAUGUUGCUGAGAAGUCAGUGCGUGCAACCAGCGAACUCAAUUAUACAGAGCCCAUUGAAGAUAUGGUUGAUUUUAAUAUGGAAGACAUAGCCACCAAUGGUGGUGAUUAUGAUCCGGGGACUGUAAAUGGUGGACUCAACACAGACUGUACCAGUUUAUCCAAAUGUCUAACCAGCAAACGAGGUGGGUCUGAGCCAGCGGUGGAUCAGGAUAACUUUAAGAAGCCUUCUUUUGACAAGGAUCAUGGAGAGCAUGCAGAUAAGCCAGAGAGAGUAAUCAAACUGGUUACCUAUUCUAAGCGCAAGUCAUCUGACAAAAAACAACUUGUUGAUUUUAGUGAAGAUCCUCAGCAGAAGAUCAACCAGGCUGUUGAUUCUAAGACCGAAGUUGCUCUUGACAAGCCGCACUUGGUUCCAAAUAUGGACUCCUGAACUCUGUUCCUUUGGUCUUCUUUCCAACAGAGGCUUCAGGAUGUUUUCUCAAAGACGAUGUACAGUGGCCAUAAUAGCCUAAGCUUUUCAAGUCCAUCUUAACUGGAUCCGCUUUGCUAAUUCAAGUUUAGAUGUUAAGAGAGUUUGAUUAGUCGGUAGGAUGGUGAUGUGUAAACCGGAUAUCUUUUCUUGAAUUUAGUUUUCUCAGUUAAAAUGUAUUUUUCUUUUUAUAUUUAAGAAAUAAGUUUGUAUUUUAUCGUUUGUUGCGGGACGGUGCUGGAACCGGAUUCUUUUUUUUCAACUAAAGUUCAUUGAAAAAGUUACAUGGAAGUUAA